UGAACUUGAAACAGUAGUAGCAGCAAAAACAAAAAUGAAGAUUUUGAUUAUUAAAUAUAUAACCAGUUUGAAUCUGUUCACAAUUUAAAGAGGGAAAACAUUUGUUAUUUUACCAUUUGUUGUUACAUUGAAACAUUCAAAAUGAUCACAUGCAUGUGUGAUUUUUCCAUAAAUAAAAUGUACUCAUUUGUUUAAAUUCAUCAAAAUGGUGGUGAUUUCUAGUGCAAAAAAAAACAAAAAUUUAUCGGAAAAACAACAUUUGAUUCGCUUGUUUUUGGUUAUGUGAAAGAGCUUAUCAGUGAUCUUUAUAUAUAUAAAAAUCAAAAUAUUUCAAGGGAUAAGUCAUUUUUAUUUUUGUUCAUUCACAAACGACCAUCCUUUUUUUAAAUUGUCGGAUUUUUUUUUUUUUUGCUGACAAUGGAAAAUUUUUUAGACCCUCGGCCACCAAAUCAAAUAUCCAUUGCAUGGCGUAAUCUUUCCUAUGAUGUUAGUGGAUCCGUUUUUCAACGAUCCACAAAGAAAAAAUCCAUUUUAAAUUGUUUGAAUGGCCAAUUUCAUUAUGGAACUAUGAAUGGUUUAUUGGGACCAAGUGGUUCCGGUAAAACAACAUUAUUAAAUUGUCUAAAUGGUAUGAUUAAUAAAUCGGGUCUGAAAAAUCAUUCGGAAAUUUAUCUGAAUAAAUGUGAAAAUAAUUUACCAUCCAUACGUGUUAUUGAACAACAUUCACAUGAAACCGUUAUUAUUCCGGGCAUGAAAAUUCGACAUCUAUUAUGGUAUUCAUUUUGUUUUAAAAAUAAUCACCAACAUCGUGAAUGUGAUGAACAUAUUCGCAGUGUUAUAAAACAAUUAUCAUUACCGGAAUCGAUUCUUGAUAAUCGAUUUGAUCAAUGUUCCGGUGGUGAACAACGAAGAAUUGUUAUUGCACAAGAAUUGAUGUCAUUAUCACCGCCAUCGUUUUUAUUCAUUGAUGAACCAACCACAGGAUUGGAUAGUAAUUCUGCACUGUUGGUCAUGCAAUGUUUAAAUAAAUUGGCUAAAAAUAAUCAAAUGACCACCAUUGUGGUUUCAAUUCAUUCACCAAAUUCAGAUAUUCUGGAACUUUUUGAUAAAAUCUACAUAUUAGCUAAAGGUGGUGUUUGUAUCUAUUCUGAUGCACCGAAUCUGCUCGACGAUAAGAUCGACAUUGAACGAAUGGAUCAACAACAGCAAAAACCACCAAUUGAAGAAUAUAUGAAAAUUGCUUGUAAUAAUAUCAAUGACAAUGAUAUUGUUCGUCGUUUAGCCAUCGAUGUGAAUCGUGAAGAAAACGAACGUCUCACACAAUCAUUUAUUGUUGAUCAUGAACAAUUACUAUUUCAACGAAAUUGGAUUAUUAUGCAAAAUAGAUCAUUUUGUUUUCGAGAUUUUUAUCUACAAUUUUAUCGAAUGUUUCACAUUGUAUUCUUGAUACAAUGGAGACAGUUAAUUACUUUUCUACUAUUUUAUGCAAUAAGUAUACCAUUCAUUGCAUCAUUUUUUGAUUCAAAUAUUGUUCAAACAAAUAUUUGUUAUGAUGAUGAACGUACAACAAAUCAAACAUGUUUGGAUCGAUUACAAAAUGAAGCCACUAUAGAUGAUUAUAAAAAAUAUCAAUGGUAUUGUCAAAGUAUAUCUGGAUUUUCAAUCAUGUUGGUCAGUACAGUGGCUUUUACAUCGUUGCUAAGAAUUUUUCGUCAUGAACAUCGUAAUCAAUGGUAUAGUACAAGUGUAUUCUAUAUAACAACGUUGCUGAUUCGAUUCAUUGAAUUGAUUAUCAUUGCUAUUCAUACUGGAAUAAUCAUCUAUUUUAGUGUUGAUCAUAGCUAUGUUGAUAUGUCAACAGUGAAUAUUGACCGUCUAUUACAUUUUAUCUAUUUCAUUUUCAUCAAUAUCGUCUAUUUACAAAGUUUUGGCCAUUUAUGGAGUGUAAUAUUCAUACAACAUGCUGAACUAGCCAUUCUUAUGGGAAUGUUUUUCUAUCAAACAUUUCUAUUAUUCAGUGGUUAUAUGUUGAAUUCAUCAUUAAUGAUUGAUGAUGAUAUUUUCUAUCGUUUAUUAUCGGGAUUAAUAGCUGGAAAAAUUAUCACCAAUGGAUUGAUGUAUUCAUUCUAUGGUUUAGAUCGUGAUUGUCAAAAUCAACGAAAAUCAUUUGUAUUGGAAGAUUUUGGUGUAAAUAUUGAUCAUGUUUAUCUUGAUGUAUGGAAAUUAAUCAUUCAAAUUAUUUUGCUAAGAAUAUUGAGUUUUCUAUUACUUUGUUAUCAUUUUGGUGAAAUAACGAUUUGGAUAUUUACUAAACGUAAACAAUUUAAUCAACAACAACAAAAUGAUAUACAUUGUUUACAAAAUGAUGAUAAACAACCAAAUAUUGAUCCAUCAUCAAUCGAUAUCGAUUUAUCUGUUAUAAAUAAUCAACAAAGAAUGAAAAAAGAAGCCGAAUUAAAUUUUCAACAUUUUUCACGUGAUAAAAUCAUCAUUGGUUGGCGUUCAUUAUCGUUGUUUGCUAAUGAAUCAAUUUAUGAAACACGUUCAAUUAAUGAUACCGAUGAUCGAUUAAUAUUGAAUAAUCUAAAUGGACAAUUGAAAUUUGGCACCAUAAAUGCAUUGAUGGGUCCAUCUGGCUCUGGGAAGACAUCAUUAUUGAAAAUCCUGAAUGGACAAUAUAAAACACGAUUAAGUGAUGAAAGUGAAUUUUUUCUUAGUAAAUUUAUGCCAAUUAAUACAUGUUAUAUAACGCAAGAAAUUUCUGGACAUUUAUUACCCGGUCUAACCGUAUUACAAAGUUUAAUAUUUGCAUCACGUUUGAAAAAUUCAAAUGAAUCAACUAAUUCAACGAUUAAUCAUGAAUGUAUUGCAUGGAAAAUUUUACAACAAUUAGAUAUGAAUGAUGUUGCUCAAACAUUUGUACAGAAUUGUUCAGGUGGUCAACGAAAACGGCUAGCCGUAGGUUUGGAAUUAACAUCUUUACGAAUGCCAAAUUUAAUCCUUAUCGAUGAACCAACAAGUGGAUUAGAUUCAAAUUCAAGUGAAAUUGUUAUCACUUGUUUACGUAGAAUCGCACAUGAACAUAAUGUUACAAUCGUUACAUCAAUUCAUCAGCCACAUACAGAUUUAUUGUUAAUGUUUGAUUCACUUUAUGUUCUGGCUUAUGGUGGACGAUGUAUAUAUUCUGGUCGAUCAAUCAAUAUAUCACAAUAUUUACAAAGAAUUGCCAUUCCACAAUCGAAAAUGUUUCCAAUUGAAAAAUUGCUACAAUAUUGUAGUCAAGAUUCAAAUGAUAAUCAAAUCGUACAGCGUAUGAUUGAAAUGACAAAUCAGGAAAUCAUUGAUAAUGGUGGACAAUUAUUACCACUGCAAACUCAGUUAAUAAUCGAUGGUCUACAAACAAAUCGUCACAGAUUUUCAUUGACAUGUUCAAAAAUAUUAUUUCAUCGUAAUUUAUUAUAUAUAAUUAAUUAUCGUUGGAAAAUGUUCUCAAUGUUCAUCAUAUUUCCGAUCCUGUUGUCAUUAGUAUUACGAUAUUUUUUUCCAGCCAAAAUUGCCAUUGAAAAUGGAUGUAUAAAUCUGGAAGAUGAUUUUCAAAACAUUUUGUAUCAUUCAGAUUUUGAAAUCCGAAAAAAUGAUCUACAAAAUAAUGUGUUAUAUGGUUAUUUUUCAUUUUUUAUGACAAUCAAUUUGAUGAUAAUAAUGGCUAGUGUAACGUUUUGCAUCGAUAUGAUCUAUUUUCAUAAUGAACAUCGUAAUGGUUGGUAUAGUACAGGAAUGUUUUACUUGGUUAAAUCGAUAACGGAAUUCAUACCGAUUAUUGCAAUAAUAUUGAUCAAUGCAUUCAUAUUUGAUAUUUAUGAAUCUAUAAAACCGGGCAUCUAUGUAUGGAUCGUAAUAUUUUUUCUAUUAUGUUCAUUGGCCAUGCAAUCAAUUGGUCAUUUAUUAUCAAUAAUAACCAAUGGCAAUUUCAACUAUCUUGCACCAAUUAUUGUUGGAGCACUUGUAUUGAAUUUUUUAUUAUCAAGUUAUUCAUCACCAAUACAACAUUUAAAUUAUUUUUAUAAAUUUUUGGCCAAUUUUUCACCACUUCGUUUUGGUUUUGAAGGAUUGUUAUUAUUGCAAUAUGGUUUCAAUCGUUGCCACAGUGAUAGGAAAGAAAUUCAAAUUAUUCUCCAUCAAUUUGGCAUUGUGAAUGAUGAAGAAUAUUUUUAUACCUGUAUAUUGAUGCUUGUGUUUAACAUAAUUUUUCAUCGUUUCAUUACAUUUUUAGUAUUAAUGAUCAAAAUGAAUCCAUAUAAUAAUCGUCGUAAACGUUCAGAAAGAAUUCUUCGUCAUCAUAAUGAUUUAAUUACAAAGAAAAAUUGAAUUCUAUCUACCUGUGCCUGUAAAUAUAAACCGGUGAGUAUAUUUUGGAUCGAUUCCAAGAUAUUUGAUUUGAUACAUUCUUAUUAUUAUUCUUAGAAUCACAUGGAUUGAAUUGAAUCAAAAUGAAGAAAUUUAUUCAUUUUUUUUGGAAAUGAUGUGAUAGAAAAAACUGUUUGGUGCCCCGUGAUGAUUUCAUCAAUUUCUUGACAUUUUUUUUUGUUAUAAAUUACACUCUAUGGUUGGAAUGAUGUGAUUGAUUAAUCAUCAUCAACAUUGAAACGUUAACAAGCAAUAUACAUAUACAUCUCAAUAUACGAUCA